AUGGAUAGUGGUGAUGGUGAUCAUAAUAUAGUUCAAGAUGAGGAAGAGGUUCUUAAAAGACACAGGCAAGAGAAAAAAGACCUACAGUCAAAAGUGCAGUCCAUGAAAAAAGGUGUACCAAAAGGUGACAAAAAGAAAAAGAAAGAAAUUACAGAAGAAAUUGCCAAAUUGGAGAGUGACUUGGAAGUAAGACAUCAACAGGAGCUCAAUGAAUUGAAUAAUAUAUCAGAAAAUUGUAAUAUCAUUGAUAACAAUUCAGGAGCUGAUGAAAGUUCUGAAGAGUCUCUGGAUACCAGAGAAAUAGAAACUUCAGUUUCAGUUAAUAAUAGCCGUAUAUCAAGAGCCCAAAAACGUAGAAAUAAGAAAGAAAGUGAAGCCAAAGAACGUGAGAAACGAAUUGCAGAACAAUCUGAAAAGAAUAAAGAUGGUCCAAGAAAUAUUGAAACUAACUCUAUUAAGCAAGCCCUAAAAACAAUGAACCUCAAACUUUACAACAUACCAGCUGAUGGGAAUUGUUUGUACCUAGCUGUAAAUCACCAACUACAAAUCACAAGUAGGCCAACUCAUUCUGUGAAUGAAUUGCGUAAAGUUACUUCUGAGUUUCUAAGAAAAAACAAAGAUGAAUUUCUUCCUUUUAUGUGCAAUGAAUUAGAUGAAUCUGAAAUAGUUAGUGAAGAACAGUUUGAAAACUAUUGCAAAGAUGUUGCCACUACUAAAUUGUGGGGUGGGCAAUUAGAACUAAGAGCUCUAUCAAAUAUUCUUAAGUGUCCUAUCAAAAUUAUUCAAGCCACUGGUCCACCUACACUACAGGGUGAAAGUUACAAGAGUCCUGAGUUGAUUUUGACAUACCAUAGACAUUUGUAUAGGCUAGGAGAGCAUUACAACUCUACUUUACCACUGACAGGGGAAGAUGAUGCAUAA